GCAACAAAAUAUAGUUCUUAUGUGAAUUAUUACGUUUUUAGUUUAAUGGUUCAUUAUUGGUACGAUAAUUUCCUAGGUUCAAGGAAUUUCAAAAUAGUUUAUCUUUGGGGGUUAUUGGAUGUAUGACAGAAAUAUAAAUAUUUCUGUUAACUCAUCUGACCGAAGUGGACAUGAAGAAAAUUUGAUUGGAAUUAUUACUCCUAGAUUAAAAAGGUGUUUAAUAAUUAAUUCUGCUUAUUCAAGACCAGAAGUUUACAAUUUUUAUUUUAACGAACUGUUAGUAUGGAUUACAGAUCGUUUAAAGUCAAUUGUUUAUUCGCGUUUGCGUUAAGAUUAGUAUUAGUGACGUACGCAGAUUUUCAUGAUAAAUACUUUGACGUACCAUACACCGAUAUUGACUACACCGUAUUUACUGAUGCAGCUCGGUGCAUCGUCGAAGGACAUUCUCCAUACGAUCGUCAUACCUAUCGCUACACUCCUUUAGUAGCCCUUUUGUUGUCACCGAAUAUUUUGUUGCACAAGAGUUUUGGCAAAGUUGUCUUUUCUAUCGUAGAUAUUUUGAUAGCAUUGCUGAUAAACAAGAUUCUAAUUAAGCAGAAUUGUGAAACCAAGGUCGCACACAUUUGUGCCUUAACUUGGCUUUACAAUCCAUUUACCAUAGUGAUUUCAACAAGAGGCAACGCGGACUCUUUGGCCGUGCUUUUAGUUCUUUCAACAUUGUAUGCUAUACAAAAUAAUCACUUAAUUUUAGCCGGCAUGUUGCACGGACUUUCAGUGCAUUUCAGGCUGUAUCCAGUAGGAUUCAGCUUAGCAAUGUAUUUAUCAUUAUGCGAAAGAAAAUCGCUUAUACCAAACACGAGACAAAUCAAAUUAGUCCUUAGUUGCGUAUCAACAUUGUCCACGUUGACACUGAUAUGUUAUUAUUUUUACGGAUUCAAGUUUCUGUACGAAAGCCUGAUUUACCAUUUAAUUCGAAAGGACGCGCGUCACAAUUUCUCCGUUUACUUUUACAUGCUUUAUUUAACGGCCGAGCAAACCCCCUCGAUUGUGCAGAAGUUAUUUACAUUUUUCCCGCAAUUAAUGUUACUGCUUGUAUUGUCAUUUUUUUACUCGACGAAGGAAAAGUUGCCAUUUGCCAUGCUGACUCAGGCUAUGGUCAUGGUGAUGUAUAAUCCGGUAAUGACAUCGCAGUACUUUUUCUGGUUCCUCUCAUUGUUGCCUUUGAGCGCGCCUUUUAUAAAGAUGAGUAUGACUCGGCUGGCGUGUUUAAUAAGCAUCUGGGCCCUUGCUCAAGGAAUCUGGCUUUUUGCAGCGUACUUGUUGGAAUUUCGCGGCAUCAACACGUUCUACUUUAUUUGGCUCGCCGGAUUGUUGUUCUUCGCCGCAAAUACCAAAGUUUUAAUGGACGUUAUUAGUGGAUACAGUAUAAGUAGGAGCAAAGUGAAUUAAAUUGUAUUCGAAAGACUUUGCGUUAUCUUUGUAGCGGAAUAAAGGUUCCUUUAAAGUAUGAA